AUGACGGACACGGGUGAUGCAAAACAACCAAAAAAGCUCGUAGGAAGAAGACGACAAAAGGCAGAAAAUCCUAUUGAAAUCGCCAACAACAUCUCAGACGAUGAGUUUACUGCACAGUAUCUAAAACCCAGUGACGGUUGGUCGGAAUGGAAACAUCCCAAAAGCGAAGCAACCCUUACUCUGAGUCUCGUACGGCCUACACGUAUGAGUGAUGAGGAUUUGGAAGCAUGUUACAAUUUGGUGGACGAGACAAGCGGUGCAGACUACCGCAACUCCUCACUCGGGUGGCACCCGGCUACAAAAAAGAAGGAGAUGCGUUCGCCAGAUCUCAGAUACAUCUUGGUAAAGGACGGACAAGGCACUAUAAAAGGGUUUACGUCCUUUAUGCCCACAUUUGAGAACCAUGAAGCCGUGGUUUACUGCUAUGAGAUUCACUUGAAUCUGGAAUUGCAAGGAACUGGGCUAGGCAAACAACUCAUGGGUUAUUACAUGGACGUUGCAGAGAACAUACCAAGUAUAGAAAAGGCCAUGCUCACGUGUUUUGUGAGCAAUAAAUCUGCACUCAAAUUCUACGAGAAACUUGGGUUCACAAAAGACGAUUAUUCCCCCAGGGAGAGGAAAUUAAGAGGAGGAAAGGUGGUGGUGCCCGACUAUGUGAUACUUAGUCGACCAACGGCCGCAAAAAAGGUCGACGAUUCACGAGCUCAUCAGCCUGAACGUUAA